AUGUCUCAGCCUUUUUAUGUUCGAUAUUAUUCUGGACACAAGGGACGUCAUGGGCACGAAUUUUUGGAAUUUGAGAUCAGAGAAGACGGUCUAUGUCGAUAUGCAAAUAACUCCAAUUACAGAAACGAUACAUUGAUUAGAAAAGAAAUGUAUAUUAGUCCUGCAGUUGUGGAUGAAUUGAAGAGAAUAAUUGAAGAUAGUGGCAUUAUGAAGGAAGACGAUUCUAAAUGGCCAGAAAAGAAUGUUAUAGGAAGUCAAGAAAUCGAAGUACGUUUAGGCGAUGAACAUAUCUCUUUUGAGACAUCAAAAUUGAGUUCACUUGUGGAAGUAAAUGAAAGUGAAGAUCCUGCAGGUUUGCGCGCUUUUUACUACCUUGUGCAGGAUUUAAAAGCUUUUGUGUUUUCAUUGAUUUCUUUACAUUUCAAGGUAAGAUUUAAUUGCAAUAUAUAUUAUGUUUAGUAGUAGUGCUAUAUAAGUACGUAUGUAAAAAGUACGUGAUAGAAGCUGACCAUUCAUUUGUAUCUUUCUAUGUGUAUAGAUCAAACCUAUCAACCAAUAAGAUUAUUUAUAGAUAACAGCCAUAUUAACCCUCUUUCAGGGGGAGACGCUUAUCCAUUGAGAAAUAUAAUAACGUUGCGCUAAUAAAAGAAAGAAAAUGUAGAAAAAGGUGAUUAUAGUAGAGAAAGGUGGGACAUUCAUGAGAUAAUU